AUGGGAAUGUUACUCGUGUUACUGGUAAUGUUGUUUGUCGUUUACCCUUCAGCUUCCACUACCACAACCUCAUCCCCGCCGGUGUGCGGCUCUCCAGUAUUCUCCAGCAGGAUAGUCGGGGGCACAGACGCUCUGGAUGGAAGAUGGCCCUGGCAGGUCAGCGUGCAGUAUUAUGGCGACCAUAGGUGUGGAGGGAGCCUGAUCUCCCGCCAGUGGGUGAUGACCGCAGCAAACUGCUUUCCAUAUGACACCAGUGAAGCGGCCUACACCAUGUACUUUGGGCUCUUCAGGUUAUCAGAGGCGUAUGACCACACUCAGAGCUCUUCUGUCUCUAACAUCUAUAUACACCCUAACUAUACGGGGACUGGAGGUCCAGGAGACAUCGCUCUGGUGAAGCUCUCCAGCCCGGUCAACUACACCAGUUACAUCAUGCCCAUCUGUCUGCCCGCCGCCUCCGUCAUCUUCCCCGAAGGCUUGGAGUGCUGGGUAACCGGUUGGGGCUCAGACGGAACAUGGUAUCCCGACACUCUACAGGAAGUGAUGACACAGAUCAUUGACCGAGCGACAUGUGACCAGCUCUACCAUAUGUUCUCCAACAUCAGCAGCAACCAGACCAUCAUCCUAGAUGACAUGAUAUGUUCUGGUUACAUAGAUGGAGGCAAGGAUUCCUGCCAGGGAGACCCCGGGGGACCUCUGGUGUGUAAAGUAAAUGGUGUCUGGUCUGAAGCAGGCAUCGUAAGUUGGGCGAAAGGAUGUGCUUUACCUUACCUCCCUGGGGUGUACACCUUAGUACCGGCCCAUGCAGCAUGGAUCCAGAGCUAUGUUCCCGAUGCGACCUUCAUUGACCUUGUAGACAUACCCCUGCCUACACCAGAAGUAACGACUUCUCCGCCCCAGAUCGCUCAGUUGAAGCUCAAUUAUACCUCAACCUCACCCAUUAAUUAUGUUUGCGGCUCUCCGAUGUUCAGUAACCGAAUUGUAGGGGGCAUGGAUGCUGUGGAUGGAGAAUGGCCCUGGCAGAUCAGCCUGCGGUACAAGGGAUCUCAUAUCUGUGGUGGGUCCUUGAUCUCUAACCAGUGGGUCCUGACUGCUGCUCAUUGCUUUGGAUACUCCAUCAAACCAUAUAAUUAUGUUAUCGUGGCGGGGAAAUACCAGCUGUCCAUCACCGGUUACCAUGAAUAUUAUGCCUCUGUAGAGCGAAUUAUAACUUACCCCACAUUUGCUGGGGCAGGGAGCAGUGGAGACAUUGCCCUUAUCAAGCUGACUGACCCUGUCCCCUACACCAACUACAUCCUGCCUAUCUGUUUACCAUCUUUGUCUGUCAGCUUCCCGACUGGUUUGGAAUGCUGGGUAACUGGCUGGGGGAACACUAGAUCUGGUGUGAAUCUACCGUAUCCUAUGACUCUUCAAGAAGUGAUGACCCCACUGAUUGACUCCAAAACGUGUGAUGCUAUGUACCACAAAAACUCUAUUGUGAAUGCGAACACCAACAUUAUCAAGAAUGAUAUGAUAUGUUCCGGGUACGAAAAUGGAACGAAGGAUUCAUGCCAGGGAGACUCUGGAGGACCUCUGGUGUGUGAAGUAAAUGGUACAUGGUACCAGGGUGGCAUUGUCAGUUGGGGCGAGGGAUGUGCUAAACCUUAUCGUCCUGGAGUCUACACUCUUACUACUGUCUACAAGCAAUGGAUAGAAAGUUACAUCCUAGAACUUAACUUCACAAACCCGGGUCGAACUGUAGCUUCAACUAAAGGUGGUCCAACUAAAGCUCCAAAUGAAGGCUCGAAGCCGCUGGGUCAAGAGAUGACGACUGUGAUUCUUCUUGCCUUAAGUUUAAUGUUUUUUCAUUACGUUUAA